AUGUCGUCUUCCGUCUCGAAUUCCGAAAACUCUUCACAAUGGCCGCUCAGUUCACUUUUCCGUUACUUUGGAACUGCCACAUCUACCGCUGUCACAAUGAGUCCAAAGAAGGUCACAAUCAUUGGAUCCGGAAACUGGGGUUCUGCUAUCGCUCGGAUCGUUGGAAGUACGACAAAAAGCUUCCCAGAUCAAUUUGAUCCUCAAGUUCGUAUGUGGGUUUUCGAAGAAAUUGUGAACGGAGAAAAGCUGUCAGAAGUCAUCAAUACUCGACAUGAGAACAUCAAAUAUCUUCCAGGAAAAAUUCUUCCAGAGAAUGUUGUAGCCGUCACCGACCUCGUCGAAUCAUGCGAAGGUUCAAACAUUCUCGUUUUCGUCGUACCACAUCAAUUUGUCAAAGGAAUCUGUGAGAAGCUUGUCGGAAAGAUUCCAAGCGACACACAAGCUAUUUCAUUGAUCAAGGGAAUUUCAUUCGACAAAAAUGAGCAGGGAGUAUCAACCGAAAAAAAGGGAGGCUUGAAGCUUAUCUCGGAAGAAAUCAAGGAGAUUUUGAAGAUUGAAGUUAGUGUUUUGAUGGGUGCAAACCUUGCUCCAGAAGUCGCCAAUGAUAACUUCUGUGAAGCUACAAUUGGAUGCAAGCGUAAGGCAGAAGAUGGACCACUUCUCAAGAAGCUUUUCCACACUGAUAACUUUCGAAUCAACGUUGUUGAAGAUGCGCACACCGUUGAGUUGUGUGGAGCUUUGAAAAACGUUGUCGCGUGCGCCGCAGGAUUCACUGAUGGUCUCGGAUAUGGAGACAACACAAAAGCAGCUGUAAUCAGACUGGGUCUUAUGGAAACCACGAAGUUCGUUGAGCAUUAUUAUCCGGGAUCCAAUCUCGAAACAUUCUUCGAAUCAUGCGGUAUUGCUGAUCUCAUCACCACUUGUUAUGGAGGACGUAAUCGUAAGGUGUGUGAAGCAUUCGUUAAAACUGGAAAGACAAUGGCCGAAGUCGAGAAAGAGUUGUUAAACGGACAAAGUGCACAAGGACCAUUGACAGCCGAAGAAGUGUAUUUGAUGAUGAAAAAGACCGGACUUGAUGCCAAAUUCCCACUCUUCGCCGCUGUACACAAAAUCUGCGCUGGAGAAAUGAAGCCAGCCGAACUCGUUGACUGUCUCAGAAAUCACCCAGAGCACAUGUAA